AUGUAUAUGAUAGCCUUACCAUUGUUAUUCUCCCUGAUCUUACAGUUUAUUAUAUCUAAGAUACAUAAGAUUCCUCUUGUGUCACUCAUAAAAGCAGCAACUGAUUGUUCAUUCAAGACAGCAAAUGUAAAAGUUGAUGAAAAAUUGCAUCAGCCUAUUCUGCGUGAGUCUGUAUACUAG